ACCCAACUUGCUAACCUGUAAACUCCACAUAUCGCUCUUUUGGCACAAUGUCAUUUUUUAGCGCAUUAGGCGAUAUGUCGCAUGUCGCAGCGAUUUUGCUGCUAAUUCACAAAAUCAAACGGACGAGAUCCUGUGCAGGUAUUUCCUUCAAGUCUCAAUUGCUCUUCUUGAUUGUUUACGUGAGUCGUUAUUUGAACAUCCUUUGGCAUUAUGGAUCCCUAUACUUCUAUGUGAUGCGUCUUGUGUUUAUAAUAGCUGAGGCAUACAUCUGUUACCUCAUGCUUGUUCCCCUUCGUCCAACAAACGACAAGCGUAUUGACACAUUUCGAAUUGAGUACCUCGUGGGUGGUAGUGCAAUUCUUGCUCUCAUUACGACCACUAACUAUCGUGUUGCUACAAUCCUUUGGACAUUUAGUAUCUGGCUCGAGAGUGUUGCCAUCCUGCCCCAACUGUUUAUGCUGCAACGUUCUGGUGAGGCUGAAAACCUGACGGCCCACUACUUGUUGGCUAUGUGUCUAUAUCGUGGUUUAUAUCUGCCUCAUUGGGUUGUUCGAAUUGUCCGUCGUCUUCCAGUGCGUUGGGUCACUAUUGUUGCCGGACUCAUUCAAACAGUUUUGUACGCUGACUUUGCAGUCGUCUACCGUCGGACGGUGCUUCAAGGAAAAAAGUUCCGUCUUCCUUCCUAAAAACCUAUUUACGAUUCAACGACUCUCUGAGACCUUUCUUCAAAAGUAUUUUUAUGAAACAACAAUGUCUAGGCAAUGGAUCGGUUCGUGAAUUCUUCUAUCCAUACGCAUAAAUGCUCGCCUGCCAACAGCACGAGCGGCAUAAGCCGCUUGAGCAGCUCAAGAGUAUUGCAUCCUCAUAGAAUUCGGCUUACUGAGCAUUCGUCCUACAGAAUAAAGAGCAGGAGUGCGGUGUAGGAAGUUAUAACGCAAUACUAAGCAAGUUUAAGGAAUACCAUCAGUUUAUUAAGGGA